UGCCCCUCAGCUUUAGAAAACUGAUUUAGGAGGCCGGGGGGUGGUUAAAGCUUCGCUGAAGGGAUGAGGGUGGGAAGGAAGCGAGCAGGGAAAGGCUGGGCACUUGGGUGUGGGAGGAUCUGGGCCGUCGGGCGCGCUCCCGAUGGAAAUGGCGCCGGAUGGGCCUGGCCUUCCAUGGAGGCCUCCCUUCCUCCGCAGUCUCGGCUGGGCUACCUGGGCCGGCGGGACUGCGAGCGACUUCUGACGCAGAUUCCCAAGAUGAGAGAGGCUGGAGCUGGGGGAGGAAAGCCAAUGGCGACGAAGGCGCUCAACUCCUAAAUCCAGGACAAAGGAGGCAGACGGCCUCCUUUGUAAUUCCGCCGCCCGGUGGCGAAGGUUUUUAAGCCAAGCUUGGCUGCCGGGCUAGGAAGUGGCGUCCUCUCCCUAGCUCUCCGGUCUCUAGAGCAGCUAGAUAAACGAAAAGUCUCCGGGGCGGAAUAAAGGACGCUUAGCCGGCCCUUAUAUUCCACAUUUGGAACUUCGAAAAGACAUUUAAAUCAAACGGUAUUGAGAUGGAUUGGGUUAUGAAACAUAAUGGUCCAAAUGACGCUAGUGAUGGGACAGUACGACUUCGUGGACUGCCAUUUGGUUGCAGCAAAGAGGAAAUAGUUCAGUUCUUUCAAGGGUUGGAAAUCGUGCCAAAUGGGAUAACAUUGACGAUGGACUACCAGGGGAGAAGCACAGGGGAGGCCUUCGUGCAGUUUGCUUCAAAGGAGAUAGCAGAAAAUGCUCUGGGGAAACACAAGGAAAGAAUAGGGCACAGGUAUAUUGAGAUCUUCAGAAGUAGCAGGAGUGAAAUCAAAGGAUUUUAUGAUCCACCAAGAAGAUUGCUGGGCCAGCGACCAGGACCAUAUGAUAGACCAAUAGGAGGAAGAGGGGGUUAUUAUGGAGCUGGGCGUGGAAGUAUGUAUGACAGAAUGCGACGAGGAGGUGAUGGAUAUGAUGGUGGUUAUGGAGGUUUUGAUGACUAUGGUGGCUAUAAUAAUUAUGGCUAUGGAAAUGAUGGCUUCGAUGACAGAAUGAGAGAUGGAAGAGGUAUGGGAGGACAUGGUUAUGGUGGAGCUGGUGAUGCAAGUUCGGGUUUUCAUGGUGGUCAUUUUGUACAUAUGAGAGGACUGCCUUUUCGUGCAACUGAAAAUGAUAUUGCUAACUUCUUCUCACCACUAAAUCCAAUCCGAGUGCAUAUUGAUAUUGGAGCUGAUGGCAGAGCAACGGGAGAAGCAGAUGUAGAGUUUGUGACACAUGAAGAUGCAGUAGCUGCCAUGUCUAAAGAUAAAAAUAACAUGCAACAUCGAUACAUUGAACUUUUCUUAAAUUCAACUCCUGGAGGUGGCUCUGGAAUGGGAGGUUCUGGAAUGGGAGGCUACGGCAGAGAUGGAAUGGAUAAUCAGGGAGGCUAUGGAUCUGUUGGAAGAAUGGGAAUGGGGAACAAUUACAGUGGAGGAUAUGGUACUCCUGAUGGCUUGGGUGGUUAUGGCCGUGGUGGUGGAGGCAGUGGCGGUUAUUAUGGGCAAGGUGGCAUGAGUGGAGGUGGAUGGCGUGGGAUGUACUAAAAGCAUAACCACACAUAGAAAAGUCCUGACAACAGCAUCUGGUCUACUAGACUUUCUUACAGAAUUACUUUCUUUUGUAUUUUAAGAACUUUAUAAUGACUGAAGGAAUGUGUUUUCAAAAUAUUAUUUGGUAAAGCAACAGAUUGUGAUGGGAAAAUCUGUUUUCUGUAGGUUUUAUUUGUUGCAUACUUUGACUUAAAAAAAUAAAUUUUUAUAUUCAAACCA